AAAAAAAAAAAGCGUGGAUCUCUCAAUUUUUCUUCUCAGAAGCAAAUUAAAAGAUAUAUAGUACUAUGUAACACAUUCCACGUGAUCCCCACCGCCCUUACCUUCCCUAAUCUCUCUUACAUUAUAUAAGGACUUGUCUGAGACAACUUUUUUCUUUACUUGUUCUUUUCUUCAAAGCCAAAUUCUGGUUGGAAAACCCCAAGAUGUGUUUCAAUUUCUUGUUCAAAACCUGCUCAUUUCUCUCUUUGUUUUUGUUGGUAUCUCCUCAUCCCCAUUUAUCAGCUGCAAAAGCUGAGACUUUCAACACUACCUUCUUCAAUAACACUGAUACUGAUGGCUUAUUCAGUUCCAGGAAAUUAUUAGCAAGCAAAUGCAAUUGGUUCCAAGGAAAAUGGGUAUUUGAUUCUGGUUACCCUCUCUAUGAUUCUUCAACCUGUCCCUUCAUAGAUUCACAAUUCAACUGCCAAAAGAAUGGUCGUCCUGAUAGAUACUAUCUCAAGUAUAGGUGGCAGCCAUUCUUUUGCGAGUUACCCAGGUUUAAUGGGUUGUAUUUCUUGGAGAAAUGGAGAGGAAAGAAGAUAAUGUUCGUGGGUGACUCAAUGAGUCUGAAUCAGUGGCAAUCUUUGACAUGUAUGCUUCACGCUUGGGUUCCUAAUUCAAAGACUACAGUCACAAGGAAAGAUGGGCUAUCUUCAGUCACAUUUGAGGAAUAUGGAGUGACGAUAUUACUGUAUCGAACACCUUUUCUAGUAGAUCUUGUUAAGGACAAGGAUGGGACAAUUUUGAAGCUUGACUCCAUAUACAGUGGUAGAGCAUGGGUUGGGAUGGACAUGUUGAUCUUUAACACCUGGCAUUGGUGGACUCACACCGGAAGAACACAACCAUGGAAAUACAUGCAAGAGGGAAAUAAAAAGUACACAGAUAUGAACCGACUUGUGGCAUUUUAUAAAGGGCUUACUACGUGGGCUAGAUGGGUCAAUCUAUAUGUUGAUCCUUCUAAAACCAAGGUCUUCUUCCAGGGCAUAUCUCCCACACACUAUGAGGGGAAAGAUUGGAAUCAACCUACAAAGUCAUGUCCCGAGGAAACACAGCCAUUCUUUGGAACGAGGUACCCAUCUGGCAAGCCAUUGGCUUGGGUGGUUGUUAACAAGGUAUUGAGUAGAAUAAAGAAACCAGUCUACUUGCUAGACGUGACCACCCUCUCACAAUAUCGAAAGGAUGCUCACCCAUCGGCCUAUAGUGGCGACCACAAGGAAGAUUGUAGCCAUUGGUGUCUACCUGGAUUGCCCGAUGCUUGGAACCAGCUUUUAUAUGCAGCUCUCUUCACUUGACAAUAUUUAAAUUAAUAGGAUUAAUAAUCUUUCAAGGCAGUUGAUUUUUUUAGAAGAUCAUUAAUUAUUUCGAUGAUAAGGGUUAAAAAAUUUUCUUUCUUCUUUCCAAUUUUCUUGUGCAAGUGGGCAAUAAGAGACACGGGGAGGGGGCUUGAUGCUUCAACUGUAAAUUUUAGAUUUUAUUUUUGGCAAUGAAGUUGUUGCCAUGCAAUGUAUGAAAUUCCCUCUGAUGUCUUAAUUAAAAAGCUUUUUGGCUUUAGACUACACUAAA